GUCAGGUCAGAUUUAACUGCUGGUUAAAGGACACAAGGACACUGAUCAUUUCCUUCAUCCACAUUUCAGAAUUAAUCGAUUAGGACUGCUGAAGGACGUUCAUCAAAUCUUUUGCCUUCAAAUCAGUGGUUCAGAAGCACUUUAGUGAUGAAACUUCAUCUGUUCAUGCUCCUGUUUAUCACAGAAGUCCUCCCUGCCAUCCAUGCUGUCUCUCGUAAGUACCAUCUGAUCCUCACGGCGAAAACAUGGACUGAUGCGAGGACUUACUGCAGGGCCAUGUACAAUGACUUGGCUACUUUGGAAACUCCUGCUGAGAUUGUAAAAAUUCAAAAUAUAGCAAAGAGUCAAAACUGUGCUUCCGCCACUUGGAUUGGACUUUAUAACGAUGUCAAUAGCUGGCGCUGGUCGAUGGGAAAUGAGUCUCUAGGAAGUUUUAAAUUUUGGUAUUCCCCAAAUCCUGACAACUGGAUGGCAACAGAAAGCUGUGCUGCAAUAGAUCUUUAUGGCUGGUACGAUUUUUCUUGUAAAACACUGUUGACCUUCAUCUGCUUUGAUGGAAACUACACUGGCACCAGCAGAUAUAUUUUUAUCAAUAUGCAAUCGACAUGGUCCGAUGCUCAGAGUUACUGUCGGCAGCAUCACACAGACCUGGCCAGUGCGAGAAACUCAACUGAAAACUCCAUUGUGAAUUCACUGGCUGUCUUUGGAGGAUCUUGGUUUGGUCUAUUCAGAGAUACCUGGAAGUGGUCAGACCAGACAAACUUCACCUCUAUUCCUUGGAUUCCUGGACAACCAGAUAAUUCUCUCAAACAAGAAAACUGCGUUUUGUUGUUAAAUGGUCAGGCUGGUGAUGAUCUGUGCUCGAAAAUAUUACCUUUCUUCUGCGAGUCAGUAAUCACAGGGAAGAAGCAAAUAGCAAGACUGAAGAUCCAGUCCAAUCAGGAUGUGGAUGAUCCUGCGGUAAAGGUGGCCAUUUUGGAUAAGAUCCGGCAGAUGUUCAGUAAUCAAGGGAACAUCACAGUGAGAUGGAGACAGCAGUCAGAAGGACUGGUUUUCAAAAGGAUUAAAGGGAUCCUACAGCAACCACCUUUUGUUAGAUCUACCUGUGGAUGCAGUUUAGUGAUAUGAGGCAUCACCCAGUACCAGAUUUGAGACUUUACCCUCCUAAGGAACGUAUAGUGUAUGGGGUAGUGUAAGGUAGAAUAUUGUGAGAAUAUAGUACAUAAAUACAGUAACUAGUUUCAAAUUUGCAUAUUAAGCUUAAUAUAAAGCAGAGCUACUGAGAAAAGCAAUUUGUACUUCGUCUGAAAACUUACCAAACACAAGAACAGAAAAACACUUUGCACCUGAGUAGAAGUUUAGUGAAACCUCUGACACACACAUAAAGAAAGUGUUUAAUAACUUCUUCAAAUCUCUAUAAAACUCUGUCCUGUUUAACACUUUAUUAGAGCAAUAGAUCACCACAACAAAUUGUUAUAAAUGCCUUGAUCAAUAUGAUUUAGAUUGUUUAUAGCUUGACACGCAGCAGGUCCGAGCAUCGCCAUUUACAGACUUUACUCUACUUAUUGUAUUCACUGGUUAACUUAUGGUUCCACUCAUUGAACAUGUACUUUAGUUUGUUGUUGAUUUGAUGUGUUUACAAUCUAAUAAAC